UUUUUAUCUUCGUCAGGCGGGCGCUGCUUCAUCUCCAUCGUCAUCAACCUACGUUCUACGGCAAAUAACGAUCUCAUCUAGCAGCCAUGGGGAAAACACGUGGUAUGGGAGCUGGGCGCAAGCUCAAGUCACACCGUAGAACUCAAAGGUGGGCUGACAAGGCAUAUAAGAAGUCUCAUCUUGGUAAUGAAUGGAAGAAACCAUUUGCUGGAUCUUCACAUGCUAAAGGCAUUGUUCUUGAGAAGAUAGGUAUUGAGGCUAAGCAGCCUAAUUCUGCCAUUCGUAAAUGUGCUAGGGUUCAACUUAUCAAGAAUGGGAAGAAGAUUGCUGCCUUUGUGCCUAACGAUGGUUGUUUGAACUACAUCGAAGAGAACGAUGAGGUUCUUAUCGCUGGGUUUGGACGAAAGGGGCAUGCUGUGGGAGAUAUUCCCGGAGUUAGGUUCAAGGUUGUGAAGGUCUCUGGUGUUUCCCUUCUAGCUCUCUUCAAGGAGAAGAAGGAGAAGCCAAGGUCUUAAUUUUUUAUGUUAGGGCAAAGCUUUUCAAUACUUUGGUGUGGUUUUUGUUUUUGUUUUUGAGAUGUUAUUCUUGCCUUUUUAAGGUUAAUUUUGAACUAUCUCAAUUUUUCUAGCAAUCUCAUUUUAUGCUU